AUGGAGAACCUCACGACUUGGGGCAGUCAACCCCUUUCUGAAGCUGUUGACGCUGUCAUUAGUGCCCGGCUACAGAAAUGGCUUCCUUACUCCGUGGUGCUGUUAAUUGGGUGGCCCCUUUUGACCACCUCGCUGCGCUACAGACGGUUGAACCAGCUCCAGAAGAAAUACAACUAUCCGACACGUGAAUCCUUGGCCAAAAUGACCGAUGAAGAAGCCUAUGAGAUCCAAUUAGCAAUGGGGCAGCUUGAGUUUCCAAUGAUGUUUGUGAAAGCGUUACAGUUUGCUCUAUUCCGGACAUACGGCAUCCCUUCAAUCUCCCACCUGCUCACAAAAACAAGUCAAUUUUCCAACCCGGAAACAUCUCUAAAGCGCUACACAGACACAAGCGCUCUCGUCAACGAGAUGGUAGCAAACAGCCCAACCUCUCUCCGCGCAUUCACCUCUCUAGCUCGCACCCGCUUCCUUCACAGCGGAUACCGUGCGUCAGGCAAGAUCCUCGACUCAGACAUGCUCUACACGCUCGCGCUCUUCGCACUCGAGCCAAUCAAGUUCAUUAACCGUUUCGAGUGGCGUACACUCAGUGAUCUGGAGCGGUGUGCCGUCGGCACAUUCUGGAAGAGCGUAGGUGAUGCAUUGGGCAUUCCAUUCGACGAGCUACCAUCGGGCAAGAGUGGAUUCUCAGAUGGACUGCAAUGGCUUGAGGAGAUUUCGGCCUGGAGCGUGGAAUAUGAAAAGAAGUAUAUGGUUCCUGAUAUCAAGAACCGGGAGACUGCCGAUCAGACAACGGCUAUUUUGGUAUAUAUGUUACCUACGGCGUUACAUUCCGUUGGAUUGCAGUUUGUUUCGUUCAUGAUGGAUGAUCGGUUGAGGAAGGCUAUGCUAUAUGAUGCGCCUAGCCCGUUCAUGUCGGCUGUUUUCUCGGGUCUUCUUACCACGCGCCGGCUUUUCUUACGCUACUUUAUGCUUCCCAGGCCUUCCUUCUUGGCGGUUAAGAACGUUACACCCCCGGAUGAGCAGAAUCGGAUCUUCUUGUUGAAUUGGGAGGCGGCACCUUAUUAUGUUCAGCCGACCUUCUGGAAUCGGUGGGGUCCUGUUGCGUGGUUGACUUGGGCGCUGGGUCGUCCUGUUCCUGGUGAUGAGGGAGAUAAGUACCAUCCUUCUGGGUAUCAUAUUAAUGAUAUUGGGCCGAAGUAUUUUGAAGGUAAGGGGCAGAAGGCUAUUGAAGAGACCAUGGAGGAGUUGAAGGUGUUCCGUACGGGCAAGUGUCCCUUUCAUUAG